AUGGUAGUUUGGCAUUUAUUAUUAUUUCUAAUGCAUAAUUUGAUAGCCUCUGACGUGCUCCCCUUUCUAUCUGCCGAUUACAUUUCAGACCAGAACAAAGAUUCAAAAUCGGAGGGGCUGUCUGAGGCAAAAAAGGGGGCUUCCCCAACAGCUGGUGCAGGCCUUCCCAGUCCUUUUGAUUUCUCCAACAUGAGCAGCUUGCUCAAUGAUCCAUCAAUAAGAGAGAUGGCUGAGCAAAUUGCCAGCGACCCUGUAUUCAACCAGAUGGCUGAGCAGCUUCAGAAAAGUGCGCAGGGUACAGGGGAACAGGGUGUUCCAAAUUUGGAUCCUCAAGCAUACAUGGAAACCAUGACACAAGUUAUGCAGAAUCCUCAGUUUAUGUCAAUGGCGGAGCGUCUUGGGAAUACUCUUAUGCAGGAUCCUGCAAUGUCCAGUAUGCUUGAGAACUUGACUAGUCCAGCUCACAAAGAGCAGCUUGAAGAGCGAAUGUCCCGUAUCAAGGAUGAUCCGUCUUUGAAGCCAAUUCUUGAUGAGAUAGAGCGUGGUGGUCCAUCUGCAAUGGUGAAGUACUGGAAUGACCCUGAGAUUCUUCAAAAGAUUGGCCAGGCUAUGUCAUUGAACUUCCCAGUAGAUGCUGCUACUUCCACUGUACUAUCUGGACCUCAAGAAACUGAUGAAGAAGGCGAGGAUGAUGAUGAGUCCAUUGUCCAUAACACCGCCAGUGUCGGUGAUGCAGAGGGACUGAAGAAAGCAUUAGAUGGUGGAGCAAACAAGGAUGAAGAAGAUGUGGAGGGAAGAAGGGCCUUACAUUUUGCAUGUGGAUACGGCGAGUUGAAGUGUGCAGAAAUCCUUCUGGAGGCAGGCGCUGCAGUUGACGCACUGGAUAAGAACAAGAACACCCCACUGCACUAUGCCGCUGGAUACGGUCGGAAGGAAUGCGUGGAUCUUCUCUUGAAGCACGGCGCUGCUGUCACGCUCCAAAAUCUGGACGGGAAGACCCCCAUCGAGGUGGCCAAGCUCAACAACCAGGACGAGGUGGUGAAGCUGCUCGAGCAGGACGUGUUCCUAUGA